GUGAAUCAUAUGUUCAAUUUAAAAGAGAUAAAUAAAGACAGAUUGAAUGCAACUCUCAAACACUCUAGUUAUUCUUUUCAAAUUGUUUCGACUUUUUGCAAAAAUCUCGGUACAGAACAAAUUUUUGUCAUUUCAUUGCGACACUUAUUAGGUAACACAAUUUUUCAAGUGAAAUUAACUUGAACGGUAACAGUUGUGGAAAUUCUUUGCUUUGAAAAUGCCGUUCGAUCGUCUAACAAUUGAGGAGGCAGAUGUUGCCUGUAAACGAGUCCUGAUACGAGUCGACUUCGAUGUGUCAAUAGAAUGUGGCCAAGUGGCCAACACUGAGAAGAUAGUUGCCAGUGUGCCAACGAUCCAAUUCGCCCUGGAAGCGGGAGCCAAGUAUGUUGUGGUGGCGUCCCACAUGGGCAGUCCCAACGGCCAGAAGAACUGCGCCCUGUCGCUGCGUCCGGUGGCCGCCGCACUCCAGAAAGAACUUGGCAAAGAGGUGACCUUCCUGCCGGACUGUGUCGGCGUCGAAGUGGAGGCUGCCCUCUGCAAAGCGACCAAGGGCCAAGUUUUCCUGCUCGAGAAUCUGCGUUUCCACAUUGAAGAGGAGGGUUGCGGUUGUGAUAAGUGUGGACACCAGAUCAGCGCUAAACCUGAAGAGGUGAACUGUUUCAAGUCACAACUAAAGAAGCUGGCUGAUAUCUAUGUGAAUGAUGCACUGAGUGUAUCUGCCAGCCCGGCUGCCUCCGUUACAAACACCUGUUUCCAAAUUAGAGCAGCUGGAUGUUCUCUGCAGAAGGACAUCGAAAUGCUUUCAAAAAUGACAGAAUGUCCAGAGAAACCCAUGGUUCUGAUUGUUGGAGGGAAACUACUGGCUGAAAAGGUGCCAUUCAUAUUGAAAAUGAUUGAAGUAGUCGAUGAGUUGAUAGUGACAGGAGGACCAGCAUUGACCUUCCUCAAAGCAUCCUGUGGGAUAGAUAUAGGGUGUUCCGAAUUCGACGAGAAUGGCGCAGCAUCUGUUCAGUGCAUUCUGGACAAGGCAGCGAGUUCCCAGGUUCCAGUGACUCUUCCCGACGACUUGGUAGUGGCGAAUCAGAUGUCAGAUAGUGCUGACAUUUGUGAGAUGAAGGUGCAGGAUGGUGUACCAGAUGGGUUCAUGGCACUGGAUGUUGGGGUGCGGAGUCGCAAGGCUGCCAAGUGUGUGCUGGAGAGAGCUGGCACCAUUUUGUGGACCGGGGUGCCGGGUAUGUUUGAGAUGGACAAGUUCUCAUGUGGCAGUCGCUGCAUGAUGAAGUCUGUGGCCGAGGCUACAAAACGGGGUGCGUUCACGGCGGUCAUUGGUCAUGCCACGACAGCUCUGGUCAAGUCCAUGAACAUGCAAGAAGAUGUAUCAUUCAUGAGCAUGGAUGGUGGAGCAGCAAUGAGCUUCCUUGGAGGCAAACAACUCCCUGGUGUUGAGGCACUCAGUCCAAAGAAUAAUAAUGGCUGUUAAAUUUUCAAUCAAGCUCAAUUCAAUCUCAGAUAAUAUACGUUUCCAAUGAACUGAAAAAAAUUAAUAGGGACAUCUAUUUAGAUGUUGUCUCUAAUUCUGCUAUAGUUAUAGGACUAUCAAUAUGUCAGAUAACCAUAAAUUUCUUGUGAACUGAAAAAAAUGAAUACUUUAUAGGGACAUCUAUUUAGAUGUCUCUAUUCUGCUGUAGUUAUCAGAUUAAAU